CAGCCGCUCACUAUUUCGUGGAGUCGGAGAGCUGGUACUCCCUCCUCCGAUCGUAACACUCCUGGAUGCCGGGGUCGUUCCACAAGCUCUUGAUGGCGUCGACGUAAGGGUUCUCGAACAUGAUGACCUUCUCCACGUCCACAUCCCUCACCACGUUGGCAUUUGCCUGGCGACAGAAGACGACUCGUCAUCGGCACACUCACAGGAGCUGAGAAAGGAAUGGCAACGCGAUCCGGAAGAGCGAGGGAGCUGACUGGCACUCACUGGUGUGGUCAUCACAUCUAAUGGGCUUCUUGCUUCCCAAUCUCAUUAACGACGAGGUGAUGGUGAUGCUGAUCUUCCCCCUGUCGAAGCAGUAAGGUGACUCAUUUGUGACCAAUGUUGCUGAAUUCGAUUCUUCAUGUUUCGUGGUUAGCUGACGGCACCCUCAAGAAGCCAACGGCAGAGGCCAUCCACUCCUCCGCUGGCUCCGUGACGUCGGCCUCCCAUCCAGCAGGGGGGCGUGGCGCCAGGCAACAUUUGAUUUGGACCCCUCCACCCCCCACCACCGUACAUAAAACGUGAAUGGACAAGAGAGUGGCUAUUUUGUGACACCAGAGAAUGCAUGUUGAGAAGACUCUGGGAAGAGAAGAAGAAUGUGCACCAGAAGUUGUGCGACUCCCAUUCAAAGGGGGUCCGAGGCAGGCAUGGGCAAGCUCCAGAGCAAAUUCCGCAAGAGGUCCGAGUUGUACAGGGCCUCUCAGGAGGAAAAUGCAGACACUACAUCAGACAGUCAGGUGAUGCACUAUGAGCCCGCCCAUCACGGCUCCAUCAACACCGUCGCCAACCUGAGUCCUGAUCUGUGUGUUUCUGGUGGGACCGACCAGGCAGUGGUGGUGUAUGACUGGAAACAGGGACACGUGUGUCAGUCCUUCCAGGGUCACAACAGAGAGGUUACCAAGGUGGUGUGUUAUCCGGGCAGUACGUGGAUCUUUAGUGCCUCACGGGACAAGACUGUCCUCAUGUGGGACCUGAACCAGGGGGACGAGCCUAUUCAGGAAUUCAGCGGGCACGAGUUGGUGGUCAACGGACUGGCUGUCAGCCCUGACGGGCGAAAACUGUGCACGGGCUCCCGAGACAACUGGAUGUGCCUGUGGGACAUCGAAUCUGCAAAAUGCGAACAGAGACGCAACAUCUCGAGGAACCUGGUGACUCACGUGUGCUGGGUGCCAGAGAGCUCCUCAGUAGUCCAGACCUCAGAGGACAAGACCAUACGGGUGUGGGACAGCCGCUCGUGGAAGGUGAUGAACACGUUUCCGGCCAAGCAGUACAUCCAGACGCACUGUGACGUUUCUCCCAAUGGAAACUACCUGGUAUCCAGCAGCAACGGCUUUGGGGGCCAGGGCUGCGAAGCCACGCUCUGGGACCUCCGCCAACCAGGCUGCAAGGUGGUGGAGUACCGAGGCCACCUGCAGACCACAGCAUGCUGCGUCUUCCUGCCCACGUCUCCAGGGGACCCCGCUCUGGUAGCGACGUCCUCCCACGACAGCUCCAUCAAAGUCUGGGACCAGAAGUCAGCAGUCUGCUUAGGAACGCUGUCGCUGGAUGGCGCCGGUCCUCUGGUGUCUUUGGCACCCAGCGACUCGUCCAAUGUGCUGUGUGCCAGCUUCAACAGCGGCCUCCAUCACAUCCAGGUCACCCACGGAUCAAACCAGGUUCAGGGUUCCGGGACAAGUGGAGCGAGUGACCUGGACAUUAGAGUGGUGUCCCGCUUCUGACAGCCUUUAGCACGCAUCAUGUCUUUUUCUACAAGCAAUUUUUUUAAUGACCAAAACUGAUGGCCUGAAGAGGAUUUGGUUCUUUCCUUAGCCAGGUGGACCCAUUUUCUAUGGCUGACUUAAGUGCAAAGAUGGACUACACCCUCACAGCCUGUAGCAGCUGCGUGAAAGUCAACUAUGUGAACCACUGCACCGACGAAGGAAGGUAUACUUGGAUAUAUUCUCAGGAGGUAACAUUUUUGAAACAGCCAAAUAGAAAGUUAUACUUUUGUAGAGUAAGAAUAUCGUGUCAUGUAGCCUCGCUUUAGCUUUUUAGUAUUCCAACUGAUACGUAUUAAAGAUGAAGCAUGUUUUUUUUUUUAAUUACCAAGCAUCUGGUAGGCACAUAAAACCUAUGCAUCAUCAUUUACUACUAUUCGUUUUUUUUUUAGCUAAAAUAUUGUUACACUGAACAAAUGGAAAUAGAAUUCAAGUAACAAAAAAAAAUAAAAAUAAAGCAGCUCUGUGACAUGACAUACUGCAAAUAUGUUGUCCUACAUUAAGCAGCUGUUGGGCCACAUCGUACAGUAGCAAUGUCUUGAAUGGAGAAGAAAUGACAGUGAAGAAUUUAGUGCAGUAGCACUACCUAGUGGGGAAGCUGGUCAAUUACAGCUUCAACAAUACGAUAAAUGUUAAAAUCACCGAUGUACAGUUAAACACACUGAUUAUAUUCCAGAUAAAAUCUCUGCAAUUUACAGCCCAUAUUUAAUAACAACACAUAGGAAACUCCAUCCUCCUUGGGUCAUUUAAUUCAUUUAAACAGAAGUCAUUCUCGGUUGGACACACAAAACAGAAGCUCUGACUGGCUACCAACAUGUUUGCAUAUAAACACACACACACACACACACACACAAAUCACAGUUUUUCAACUUUCCACAUAGCCUAUCCUAAGUAAACAAUUUGGAAAACAGGUUUUGCAUUUUUAAUUGACAGAAUAACUUAAAAAAUACAUUGAUUCAAGUUGGCACAUUAAACAGGAACAAAGGCUAGCUAUGAAAUCAGGAUAAGGAUUUCUGAAGAAUAAAUAAUAAAGAUUUGCCAGCAAGUUGCUAUCUUAUCUAUGCAGUGCUGCUUAGUUUCCCAUCGCCGUUCAACACUUAAAAAAAAAAAAAAGACCCCUUUACAAAAUGCAUAUGACCUUUGUAAACGUGGACUUUUCACCGCGUAACUACUUGAUAAUGCGUGCCUCCACAAACCGGGUUUAAAAACCUUCUUGCACCUAUAAAUUCACCUUCAUAUAUACUGAAUAUAAAAAAACACAUGCUGCUGUUAAAGAGUACUAAAACAUGCACUUGCAACAGAAAUAAGAGCUUCAACACCAGGAAGAAGCCUGCCUUCUUUCCCAUAAAGAUCAUUUUUACACAGUUCUUCCUUCAUAUCAGCCAAAGAGGCUCAGUGUACUGACUUGCCUACAGUUCAGUAAUUAGUGCAAUAAACUGCAGACUCAAAAUGCAUGACCCCCACCCUCUUUGUAAUGAUGAAUUACUGGAACUAUGGGGACUUUAGCUCAUUAAAACUAUGUUAUUUAGUACAACUAGACUUGAAUCCAAUAAAACGAAUGAACACAUCAGUGUGUAAAUAUUAGUUGCUUCUUUGGAUUAGUGGUGUUCUUAUUCCUCAACAUUUGGCUGAUAUGUACAAAACGGUGCCCGAAGAGUCCAGAAUGUCUCAAAGUGAAUGUUAGUGAAAAACGGACAGAAAUACAGAAAAAAAGCCACUGAAAAUUACAAAAUGUUG